GACAUGGUGUCGAAACCUGCAAUUCGUCACUUUGACUCCCACCACGGCCCGUUCGUUAGGCCGAGAGCACCGAGCAUCCAUCAAUCCGUUUCGACGAUGGCUCGUUGAACAAGGUGUUUGUACUGGAAGUGGCCAUAUCCAACCACCAAUUGUGAUCUGCCUUCCAGACCUGGAUACUUGGGCUAAUGCAUCAAACUCCGAUAUGGAAGAUAGUGAACAAGCGUAUGAUGACGAGGACUCAGGUGGUCGACGGGCACUAUCCACUGGAAGCAGCUUAUUUCAACAGUUCUACUCUGCCAUUGAUAGUGGUGAUCCUAUGUCAGCUGAUUCGGUGCGCAAUACGUGUGUCAUUGCUACGGCCACCACGACAGACGGCAUUCUCCGAUCCCCGGAAGGAAGGCAGUUAUUUUUCCGUCAAAUCCUAGUCCCAUUACCUGAUGCUCACACGAGACAUUGCAUUCUACGGCAAGAAAUUCUCAUGCGUGUGCACAAUUCUUCUCUCUGUCAACAGACUGGCGAUAUGUUACUGCCGGAUAUGAAUGGCUUCCCUCAACUCGAGGAAAAAUCCGAGCAACUGUUGAAUUUGGCUUCCAAACUUCAUGGAUACACUCCAAGAGAUCUUCAUCGUUUGGUUCAGAUCAGUUGGGCUUCACUUCUCUCUUCCUUACUUGUGCGCUCUCCUGGGGAUGCCUCAGAUUCCGUUGCUCCGACACUGGCUGCCUUGUGUGAUGUGCUGGCUCGCGAAUCCCGCACCUACAUGCAAAUCAAUCUGUCACAAUUCACCACUCCAGUCAGUCCUUUAAGAUGGGACGAUAUCGGUGGCUAUGAGCAUCUAAAGACACUUUUUCGUACUGUCGUCCAAAAUCGCUUGGCCACAGCUGCUAAACUGAACAGUGACGAAGCGCUUGCGGACGCUGCGCUUGGUUUACGCGUCCCUCGUGGUAUUCUGCUUCAUGGACCUCCAGGUUGUUCCAAGACCAUGUUUGUUCGGGCGUUGGCGACGGAAUGUCAGCUCCCUCUUAUCGCCGUCCAAGCCUCUCGUAUUUUCGGCCGCUAUGUUGGUGAUAGUGAACGCAACAUGCGUCGGAUUCUUGUUCAGGCUCGAGCAUCCGCUCCCGCAAUUUUGUUCAUUGACGAAAUCGACUUGCUGUUACCGUCCCGCAGCUCCAGCGAAACCGGAGCAAGUGAGCACGUGUUGAGUGAAGUUCUCACGGCCAUGGAUGGUGUGGAAGGUCAGAUCGGCCAGGUGAUUCUCAUCGCAGCCACCAACCGCAUGGAAAAAUUGGAUUCGGCUCUCAGUCGCGCUGGUAGAUUCGACCUGGUCAUUGAUGUUCCUCCCCCGGAUGCCGCAGCUCGUGCAGCCAUCUUGCGGCUGGAAUUAUCUCGACGUGCUCUGGACGAUGCGUUAUCGUUGCAAACGGAUUGGCUGAACGACUUUGCCAAAUCUCGUUUGCAUGACUACACCGGCGCAGAGGUGGUCCAGGUAGUCCAACUCGCUGCCCAGCUGGCUCGAAAUAGUGGUCGCAACCGAAUCAGUCGCUCAUGCCUUCUUCGAGCACAAGAGGAAUGUCCUCCGGUGUCUCUGAAUCGCUACUCCUCUUCCUGCGUGCCACCGUGCGCUUCUCUCACUAACCAUCUGCAUCAGAUUUUUAUGCUUUUGCCCAAAUCACUACUGUUUGCGUCCUUCUCUAUCUUUCUCAUUAUCGGCCUGGUUUUCUAUGCAUGCUUUUCGAACUAUCCGUAACUUCGUUGUACAUUCCUCUUGAUGACACUAUCACUUCCGGAUACUUGUAUACCAUCCAAUCAUAUUAUUUCAUCUUU